GAGCCACCAUGUGGUUACUGGGAUUUGAACUCAGGACCUUUAGGAAGAGCAGUCAGUGCUCUUAACCACUGAGCCAUCUCUCCAGCCCCCUGUGUUGUGUUCUAAUCCUUUCUUCUGAAUUGGAAGAAAAGACUUACUUAACUUUAAUUAACCCUAUAAAGACACUGAAUAACUCAUAUUCUAAAAUAUUCGAGUUAGAAAUCUCACCUACUGGGAGGAUGUGAAACAAUCAUGAUGACAAGGAUGCAGGGAUUUUGUAUCUAUCCAUCCAUCUAUCUAUCCAUCCAUCUAUCUAUCCAUCUAUCUAUCUAUCUAUCUAUCUAUCUAUCUAUCUAUCUAUCUAUCUAUCUAUCUAUCUUAGAUUAGGUCUCAUUAAGUAGCCCAGGCUGGCUUCAAAUUUGUGUUAAUCCUCUAGCCUUCUAGAAUGCUGGGAUUAGAAACGUAAACUACUGUACUCACCUGAGGAACUUUGAAAAUUUUGGGGUUUUAUUUCUGCUUUUUGAAACAGAGCCUCUCUUCAGAGCUCUGGCUGUCCUGAAGCUCACAUCACUGUAGUCCAGGCUGGCCUCAAAUUCACAGAGAUCUCUCUGCCUCUGCCUAAAGGGCACUACUGCCUGGGUGUGGUCUACCCAGACUGAAGUGCUGGGUGCACUACCACCUCCAGUUUUUAUGGAGUUUUGGGUAGGGUUUUCUGUUUGUUUGGUUCUGGGUCUUGCUACAUUACCCAGGCUGGCGCUGACCUCCUAGUCUCAAAUGAUCCCUCAGCUUCAGCCUUCAAAGUGCACAGGACAACAGGAUUGCACCACUUCACUGACUACUUUCAGAUUUUAUUAAAUAAUUUCCCUGGCCCCGUCCACUAGGAAAUAGGCCUGAGAUCAUUCUAAAACACUUUAUACCCAGAUCAAAUACUUUUUCUAAAGUUUAUUUUAUUUUAUGUAUGAGUGCUCUGCUGCAUGUGUACCUGCAUGUCAAAAGAGGGAUCCUUGUAUAGACGACAGUGAACCACCAUCUGGGAAUUGAACUCAGGAUCUCUGGAAGAGCAGCCAGUACUCUUUUUUUUUUUUUUUUUCUUUUUUCUUUUUUUCGGAGCUGGGGACUGAACCCUGGGCCUUGCGCUUGCUAGGCAAGCGCUCUACCACUGAGCUAAAUCCCCAAACCCUAGCAGCCAGUACUCUUAACCACUGAGCCAUCCCUCCAGCCCCCUCAAAUACUUUUUUCUUUCUUACUUUUUUCUUUUAAGAUUUAUUAUAUGAGCACAUAGUAGCUGUCUUCAGACAUACCAGAUGAGGAUAUCAAAUCUCUCCGUUUUGUGAGCCACCGUGUGGUGGAAUUGAACUUAGGAACUCCAGAAGAGCAGUCAGUGCUCUUCAGAUACACCAGAAGAGGGCAUCGGAUCUCUUUACAGAUGGUUGUGAGCCACCAUGUGGUUGCUGGGAAUUGAACUCAUGACCUCUGGAAGAGCAGUCGGGUGCUCUUAACCGCUGAGCCAUCUCUCCAGCCCCAGUCAGUGCUCUUAACCAAUGAGCCAUCUCUCCAGCCUUACUUUGUCUAUCGUUGAGAUGACCUUGUAUGUUUUGAUAUACAUAUAUAUAUAUAUAUAUAUAUAUAUAUAUAUAUAUAUAUAUAUAUAUAUUUGUUCUUUUUUUUUUUGGAGCUGGGGACCGAACCCAGGGCCUUGCGCUUCCUAGGCAAGUGCUCUACCACUGAGCUAAAUCCCCAGCCCUUCGCAGUCUUAUAUUAAGUAGUAUUUAGUGUGGUUAUUUGAUCUACUUUGUAUGUUGCUAAGUCAGAUGAUACAUUCUGUUGAGAGAAGGUGGAGUCUGUGUUCAUAGAGUGCUAAUCUGCGGUUUCUGUAGCCUGUGAUGUCUUAGACCUGGCUUUGGUUACUACUGACAUUAGUAGGAUAAGUUGAAGAGUAUUUCUGCUUGCAUUGGCCAGCCUUCACUGCUGUGUCAAACUACCUGGGAUUCUAAGCAUGGAUCACAAAUUCAUGGAUCACAAACUCUGGACUACACUGUUGGAAUAUAAUGUCAUCAUGGAUAUAAGGCAGUGGGGGUUGGGGAGGACAGGCAGUCAGGUAUACAGUGUUGUAUAAUACCCACAGCCUCCUGGACUUCUGCCUCUGAUAGACGGCCUGACAACUUCAAACUCAUUAUAUUAGGGAGAGAUAACUCAUCAGUUAAAGCAAGGACCACUUUUCAGGCAACCCAGGGCCCAUUCCCAACACCAACAGCAGUUCACAACUGUCUGUAAGUCCAGUCCCAGGGGAUCUGACACUCUCCUUUGAUUCUGCAGGCACUGCACACACAUGACACAUUAACAUAUAUGCAGGCAAAACACCCACAAACACAAAAUAAAGGGAAAAAAAUUUAAAGUUGUUACGCCGGUAAAAGUUUUCCUCCUAUCCAAGCCAAAGCCAGACAACAAUGAGCUUCUGGGACCCAGGAGCAGGAAUUGAGUCACCAGCAUAGAACAAAGCUAUUGAGAAUUGAACUUUAAAAGAUCCACUGUGUAUGAAAAUCAAAACUCUGGCGAUGCGAAAGUACAGACCCUGAAUUCACUGGGAUCUACCUUGGGUAAAUCCCUGAGACUCACUGUAUCCUGCUUCCCCAUAUCUGUACUAGGUUGUUGUGAUACAAAGAAGUUACAUUUAUAAACAUGCUUUGUAAGGCCUGUUAAAAGGGUGGCUACCAGGCUGGCAAGAUGUUGCAGUGGGAAAUGGUCUGUGCCACCAAGCUGGACAACCUGCUUUGACUUCUUGGAACCACAAUAGGAGAAAAGCCUUUCUCUGACUGUCUGUCUGUCUGUCUGUCUGUUUCUGUCUGUUUCUCUCUCUCUCUCUCUCUCUCUCUCUCUCUCUCUCUCUCUCUCAGGUUGUCCUCUGACCUACACACUACACAACAAACACACACACACACACACACACACACACACACACACACACACACACACACGAUGUAGCGCCCUGACACCCGUACUCAAUAGCAAUACCUUUUUUAUAUGAAUGAAAAUGCAGCUAUUACUAAUCACGGAUAGGACCUGCUAUGGUGAUCUCAGGCCAUCUGCUUGAGGCAGAAGAUCCUGAGGCUCUGGGUAUUGUACAACACUGUGCACCUUGCUGCCUGGCCUUGUCCCCAUUGCCUGACAUCCAUGAUGCCAUUCAUAUUCCGUUAGUGUUUCUCCAGAAGUCCAUGCAGCCCACCUGUGCCCUAGCAGAAUCUCCAAAGAGGUGACAUCUGAGAGAGUGCUGGGUCAGGGACCACACCAACUUCAAAAGGGCAAAGUGUUAGCUUGUAAGGCCGUGCUUUAGAAUGGCUGAGUAACCUGUGUGGGCAUUUGACGAUGGUCUACAUGUCAGUCUUUGAUUUGGCUAUGCUAGAAAUUCAGUGAUCCUGGUGGGACUAUGUAGGCUUCAGCUAGGCCCAAAAUACCAUGGUAAUUUGCCGCCUUUCUGCUCCACUGUGACCUUGUCUAGAGGCAGACUUGUUCACAACAGGACUCAAGUCAGCCAAGGGCAUCCACCACAAGCCCUCCUCUCUGUCUGCCUUGCCCCAGUCUUAGCCCAAAGUCACAUGGGUAAGUAUAAUGGGCCCUGGGGCUGGCCUCAUCCUCUCACACUGCCCUGACACAUAAGUCACACCUUUCUUCCUGAAGGUACAGUGCCAGCUCACUCCUCCAUGAUCCCACCAGUGGCAUCUGUCUGGUGAAGAGUUCCUUCCUGCUUUAUGUUUAAUUCAUAGCUAAGGUUUGGGAUGAGCUUCCCAAGAAAGAAGAGAACUCCCCUGGGGUCUUGCCCAGUUCCUGCCUGCUUUACUGGCCCACUGCCAAAGUCCCAGCCUCCUCCCCAUGACUGGGGCUGGGGAGUAGAAGCUGUCCAUGGGCUUGGGGGACAUUGUCCCUGCCAGGGUACAGCCAUCAGUUGCUAAUCCCACAGCCCUGGAAUGUCUGCAGGCCAAUCAGCAGGGUCUUUGGGGGCUCCCCGAGGGUGCUAAUAAUCCGACAAUGAUUAGCAGGGGCCACAGGGUCAGCGCAGCACACUGCCCUGCUUUCUGUUGUGGAGCAGGCUGGCCAGACACUGAAGCGGGAGUAAGGAGGCAUUUAGAAGGAGGGUUCUACGUCUCUUUUAAAGCCAGUGUACCAUGGAGGGGAGGCUGUUUGGACACAGUGAUGAUUCACUAGCUUCUUCCUUUUGUCUGGCAGCUUAGCCUGACUCCCUGAGACUGUGAAUAGCUUCAUGAAGCCUGGGAAGCAAGCCGGACGGCUGAGAGAAGCCAUGUCUGCAGCACCAGGCAGAACAGCCAUUCAGCCCGAGCCCUCCCUGUGGCUGGGAAACCAGAGCCGGUGGCUUGGUCUCUUGCUUCUGCUCCUGCCUCUCCUUGGCAUCACCUGGACAGAGGUGCAGCCACCCCAGCUGCCAAAGCAAGUUCCCAUUGUGCAAGCCUUGAGCAGGAAGGAGAGUUUCUUAAUCCUCACAACACACAACCGUCUGCGCAGCCAGGUCCACCCUUCCGCAGCCAACAUGCAGAGAAUGGAUUGGAGCGAGAGCCUGGCUCAACUAGCCCAAGCCAGGGCAGCCCUUUGUGGCACCUCAGCCACUCCGAACCUGGCAGCCACCCUGCGGAACACCCCAGACGUGGGCUGGAAUGUGCAGCUACUGCCCAUGGGCUCAGCCUCUUUUGUGGAGGUGGUCAACGUCUGGUUUGCUGAGGGGCUGCAGUACAGACAUGGGUCGGCCGAGUGUGCCCACAAUGCCACCUGUGCCCACUACACCCAGCUUGUGUGGGCCACCUCCAGUCAGCUGGGCUGUGGGUGGCAGCCAUGUUUUGUGGAUCAAGUGGCCACGGAAGCCUUCGUCUGUGCCUAUUCCCCUGGAGGCAACUGGGAAAUAAAUGGGAAGAUGAUCGCCCCUUACAAGAAAGGCCCCUGGUGUUCCCUGUGCACAGCCAGUGUCUCGGGCUGCUUCAAGGCCUGGGAUCAUGCAGGGGGCCUCUGUGAGGUUCCCAGGAACCCAUGUCGCAUGAGCUGCCGAAAUCUCGGACAUCUCAACAUUAGCACCUGUCGCUGUCACUGUCCCCCUGGCUACACAGGGAGGUACUGCCAAGUGCGCUGCAGUAUACAGUGUGUGCAUGGCCGAUUCCAGAGAGAAGAAUGUUCCUGUGUCUGCGAUAUCGGCUAUGGCGGAGCCCAGUGUGCCACCAAGGUGCACUUUCCCUUUCAUACCUGUGACCUGAGGAUUGAUGGAGACUGCUUCAUGGUGUCUCCCGAGGCAGACACCUAUUAUGGAGCCAAGAUGAAAUGUCAGGGAAAAGGUGGGGUGUUAGCCCAGAUUGAGAGCCAGAAAGUGCAAGACAUCCUUGCCUUCUACCUGGACCACCUGGAGACCACCAACAAGGUGACUGACAGUGACUUUGAGACCAAGAACUUCUGGAUUGGGCUCACCUACAAGGCAGCUAAGGACUCCUUCCGCUGGACUACUGGAGAACACAAGUCCUUCACCAGUUUUGCCUUUGGGCAGCCUGACAAUCAGGGGUUUGGGAACUGUGUGGAAAUGCAGGCAUCUGCCGCCUUCAACUGGAAUGACCAACGCUGUAAAACUCGAAACCGUUAUAUCUGUCAGUUUGCUCAGAAGCACUAUUCCCAGUGGGAGCCGGGGCCCUGAGCCUGGCCCAACAGCUCUCCUGCCAGCUUCUGAAUGCACAGACCGUUUCCUUGACUGCUCACCUGUGGGAAACAAGUGCCUGGCUGGGACUGAAUGCCCAACAUCCUGAGCAGUCUCAGACCUAACGCCAUGCCGCCAUGCCAUAUGCUGGGUAGGAUAGUGUAGGUUGGUGUCAUUAUGCAGGUGAAGGCAGGUACAGGGUAGAAUGAGAUCUGUCAUUGGAUGAGAAGGAAGGAUGGGCGGGAGAAAAGUUUUAGAGAGGGAGGAGACGGGAGCCAGGGGGAGAGCAGCUGAGAGAACAUGGAGGCGGAUGUUAAGAUUUCUCUCUGCACAUUUACAGGUUGUUAUGACUAUUCUUAAGGAAUAGAUGUGUACAGGAUUCUGUGUGUCUAGAUGAACAAACUAUGUCUUAUGUAGGUGGGCAGUUUAUAUCCUUAUCAAUUGGUUGUAAGUUAGUUGUGUGGAUGCAUUGUACACUGAGUAAUUAACAUAUAAAUCUGGUUGUUGGGUUACA